UAUAUUUUUCUUUGAACUAAGUAUUAUAGUGCAAUCAUAUUUUGAUCAUCUUUCUUUACCUUCUUCACUGAGGAGAGAGUUUCUUGUCUGGCAUUUCUGAGCGUACGUUAUAUAUUCAAAAGCUAGCUAAAUAGGAAAACUUUAAUUUAAUUUUCACCGAUUAGUUAGCCUUUUACUGGUGGAUUUGCAGGUUAUAUUGGAAAAUGGCUUCUACUUCUUCUUUUUCUUGGGCAAACCCCCCUGACAAACGAUACGACGUGUUUCUGAGUUUCAGAGGUGAGGACACCCGCAGUGGAUUUACUAGCUAUCUUUAUGCUGCUUUAUGUGAAAAGGGUUUCUCAACUUACAUGGAUGAGCAUAAACUUGAGAGAGGCGAUGAAAUUUCUCCAACACUUCUCAAAGCUAUCGAGGAAUCCAAAAUUUCGGUAGUUAUUUUUUCAGAAAAAUAUGCUUCCUCCACAUGGUGUUUGAAUGAACUGGUGCAUAUACUUGAAUGCAAGAAAAAUAAUGGGCAGAUUGUUAUGCCAAUCUUUUAUGGCAUAGUUCCAUCAGAUGUACGAAAGCAGAAUGGGAGUUAUGGAAUGGCAUUUGCUGAACAUGAAGAAAGUUUCAGAGACAGAAUAAAGGAGGUGCACCAAUGGAGGGCUGCUUUAAAAGAAGUUUCCAAUCUAUGUGGGCUGGAUUCAAAGAAUUUCAGGUAAUUUAUUACUAACGGUUAUUAAUAUAUUUCAAAAUUUUCCAAAUAUAUAUGUAGCUAGUGAUAGAGAUUAGUAGUUCACGUGAGUCUAUCUUCAAGAUUUCCUUAUCUAUUGUAAAUAGUUUUUAUCAUUACUCAUACAUGUAUAUAAAUAUUA